UGCACCUGUUUUCUCCCCCUCGCUUCUCCACUGCUAUAUAAGAGCCGGGCGCUGAAACUUGAGGAAAGAUACAAAGAGAAAAUAACCGACUGUUUUUUAAGUUUUUGGCGUCAUGGAGGAGAGUAGGGAUGAGCGGUUGUCCUCUUCUCCAUCUUCUCCAUCUGGGAUCAUCAGGCGGAGCUUGCCAAGGGCCAACAGUUUGCCUGGUGAGGUAAAAAUUGCAGAAAGUUCGGAGGCAUCAACAAGCACGUUAACAUUGAAUAGAUCUAAAACUGAGAGAAGAAAUCAUGAUGUUUGGCGUAGAGACCCUACGACACAACUAUUUGAUGAUAAAAUCUCUGCUAAAAGGAAGCUUAGGAUGCUAAAACGGAUAGCUACUGUCAGAGAUGAUGGAUCUGUGUUAGUUGAAAUCCCAAGUAAUAUUGAGCCUCCAUCUCAUGAUCCCGACUCCGAAGAUGUUCAUUAUGAAACUGUUGAUGAGGAAUUUACUAUCCCUUGUGACAAUCAAUAUAUGCCACCUCUGCAAAUAGUUAUUCUUAUUGUGGGCACGAGAGGAGAUGUGCAGCCAUUUGUUGCUAUUGGUAAACGUUUACAGGAUUAUGGCCAUCGUGUUAGACUAGCAACACAUGCAAAUUUCAAAGAGUUUGUUUUGACUGCUGGUCUGGAGUUUUUCCCCCUUGGAGGAGACCCAAAGGUUCUCGCUGAAUACAUGGUUAAGAAUAAAGGAUUCCUACCUUCUGCACCCUCUGAGAUUCCAGUUCAAAGAAAGCAAAUCAGGGAAAUUAUUUUUUCCUUACUUGCAGCCUGCAGCAAUCCAGAUGUGGAUUCCGGCAUUCCUUUCAAAGCUGAUGCAAUUAUUGCUAAUCCGCCGGCAUAUGGACAUACACAUGUUGCAGAAGCGCUUAAAGUACCAAUCCACAUUUUUUUUACGAUGCCAUGGACGCCAACAACUGAGUUUCCACAUCCUCUUUCUCGAGUCAAGCAACCAGCGGGGCACAGACUUUCCUAUCAAAUUGUUGAUUCUAUGAUAUGGCUUGGAAUACGAGAUAUGAUUAAUGAUUUUAGGAAAAGAAAGCUGAAGCUGCGACCUGUCACAUAUUUAAGUGGUGCCCAGGGCUCUGCUUCUGAUAUACCCUAUGGUUAUAUUUGGAGCCCACAUCUUGUUCCGAAACCAAAAGAUUGGGGGCCAAAAGUUGAUGUUGUAGGGUUUUGUUUUCUUGACCUUGCAACAAAUUAUGAACCGCCAGAGAAACUUGUACAAUGGCUUGCAAGUGGUGAAAAGCCCAUUUAUAUUGGAUUUGGGAGCCUUCCUGUGCAAGAACCAGAAAAGAUGACCAGAAUUAUUGUGGAGGCACUAGAAAUCACUGGACAAAGGGGCAUCAUUAAUAAGGGAUGGGGUGGACUAGGAAACUUACCUGAACCAAAGGAGUUUGUGUAUCUAUUGGACAACGUUCCACAUGACUGGCUAUUCUUACAAUGCAAGGCAGUGGUCCAUCAUGGUGGUGCGGGAACAACAGCUGCUGGCCUAAGAGCUGCGUGCCCAACUACAGUUGUACCUUUCUUUGGGGAUCAGCCUUUUUGGGGCCAGCAAGUGCAUGCAAGAGGAGUAGGUCCUGACCCCAUACCAGUUGAUCAAUUCACGCUGCCAAAGCUUGUCAACGCCAUAAAGUUCAUGCUCAACCCACAGGUGAAAGAGCGGGCCGUUGAUCUAGCUAAUGCGAUGCAAUCAGAGGAUGGGGUUGCUGGAGCUGUCAACGCCUUUCUAAGGCAUCUGCCACCUCGGCUGAAGCAAGCUGAAACUUCGCCGGCCGAACGGCGGCUCUUCGACUCCUACUUCGGCAUUUUUGGGCGGUGCCUUGGCUGUUCCUGAUCAGUAUGCGUGCAUAUAUAUAUAUUUAUUCAUUCAUGCUCUCUCUCUCUCACGCAGUGGCUUCAUUACACAUUCGACAAGUUAUGGUUUGGCUUGUCUUUGAAUAUUGAGAGUUUGAAUGAAAGGGAAGUUGUUGAAAAUGUCAAUUUAUUGAAUGUAAAUUUGUAAUAAACCAAAACAUUAGUGUGAUACAUAUGUAUAUAUGUUUUUCAUUUUUUGUCGCUUUUUCAACUCUUUUCUGGCAUUUACCAACAAA